UUUUUCUUGGUUGUGUGUGUAAAGGAAAAUUGAUUUUUUUUGCCACAAAACAAUCUACGUUCGCGAGAAGUUAGUGCACCAUAUUUUAUGAAAAAUCCAUUACCUAGCAUGACCGCAAACGGCAAAAGUGCUUUCUCUGGCGUUCGGUGAAGAAGCGUACGUGCGUGCGUGCGUGCUUGCUGGUUGCUGCUGUCUGUUAUCGCUGCCGAAAGUGUUUGUUGCCGUGUGGAGGAACGUGUUGAAAGUAUUUGCUAACGCAGAUCCCACACAGCUUCGUGGGAAAACGACGGCAGCAUCCUCUUUCAACCGCUUCAUUCUUUCCAAGCCCUUCCCGGGUUCUUUCGGGCCAGGCAUUGCAGUUAUAGCGGUGAUUGUUAGACUGUGUUGUUUGCGUAUCUGUUGGGAUCAGUUCCUUGUUUUCAAUAGUGCACCGUGUUGUGGUGCAACGUGUACAAGUGCCGCAGAACGCAUCUUAGCUCCUCCCGUUCGCCAUGGCAAGUCCACGUACGCGUCGUGUUCUGAGUGAGCUGAAGCCAUCGGACGGAAACAAUAAAUGCUUCGAAUGUGGUACCCACAACCCACAAUGGGUCUCCGUGACGUACGGUAUUUGGAUCUGCCUCGAGUGUUCCGGCAAGCACCGUGGCCUUGGCGUGCAUUUGUCCUUCGUGCGCUCGGUUUCGAUGGACAAGUGGAAAGAUGUCGAGCUGGAGAAGAUGAAGGUCGGCGGCAAUCGAAAGGCACGCGAAUUUCUCGAAGCGCAGGACGAUUGGGACGAAACGAUGACCAUCCAGCGGAAGUACAACACGCGUGCGGCCGCCCUUUACCGUGACCGCAUCAGCACACUGGCCCAGGGCCAACCGUGGGACGAAACAAGUGCGCUGGCACGUACGAAAGGUUCGGGCUAUGCAGGUGGUAGUGGAGCUACAAGCAGUGGUCACGGAGGAUCGACCGGCUCGAUGACACAUUCCAGAAGUAGUGGAUCAAUGGGUGGAGGAUACCAGAACGGAGGCGAUACGUAUUACCAGGACGGCGGAAGCUAUCAGCAGUACCAGACGCCCGAAUUUAAGGCCCAAAAGGAAGAUUUCUUUAGCCGCAAGCAGGAGGAAAAUGCUUCUAGACCUGAAAACUUGCCACCGAACCAGGGCGGAAAGUAUGCCGGCUUCGGUUACACGAUGGAUCCACCGCCAAGAAGUCAAUCACACGAGCUUUUCGAUACGGUCCAAUCCUCGCUUGCUACGGGCUGGAAUGUGUUCUCCAAGGUGGCAAAUGUGGCAAAGGAGAAUGCCCUGAAGUACGGGAGUAUGGCAUCACAAAAGGUAGUAGAAGUUUCUAGCACCAUGUCGGAGAAGGUUAAGGAAGGUUCGCUGUUGGAAGGAGUCGGCUCGCAAGUGUCAAACCUGGCGACAAAGGUAACCGAGGUGGGUCGCAAAGGAUGGGGUGGAUUUGGUGCUCCGGGUGGAAAUUAUAGCACCCCAUCCGGUAGCAACGAUCAGUACAGCAACAUUUCCUCAGACAGUGGCGUUAGCAGUCCUAUCAAUGGACGACAGGGCAGUGGCGGCUAUCAGCAGCGUGGCUCAUCCGGAUCAACACGGCGGGACGAAUCUUGGUCGAAUAACGGUUGGUCGAAUGAUAGCAAUUCCAACAGUUUGCCCCAAUCCUACCAGAACGGUGACAACGAUGAUGACGGUUGGACCGGUUUCGAAUCGUACUCGGGAGCGGCAUCCGGCAAAGCGAACGCAUCGACCGAAUUAAUGGGCAAUGUGGACAUGCGUAACGAAAAUUUCGACCGCCAAACAAAGUCCGGCGGAACGCGCCGCACAAGUAGUAAUGGAACGAACCGACAUUCGACCAAAUCGCCACCUUCCUCGAUCGAUCAGGACUUUGCUUCUCUUGAUAUUAAAAGCAACCGGGCACCGAAAGGCACCAGCAGCAGCAGCAGCAGCAACAGCACGACCACCGCUUCCAAGAAGCCUAAUAACAACCCAGAGGACGAUCUGUGGAACAUGCUAAACAAUUAGGCGAGCCAGAGAGUUGGAGUGAUAAAAAAAACCCGACACCUAGCUGUCGGAGUUGAUGUGAAUUUUAACGAAUCAUACUACUGCUAUUACUACAAAAACGACGACAACAAUUGCCAGAUAUGACUUACUGUGGCGGGAAACAACCGGACCCGUUCGCCCUUUCUGUUCCGGAGCAUGUAAUGUGAAUGUGUGUAAUCCAAUCCAAUGUAUUAUAAGAAGGUUCAAAACCGACCGAUCGACUAUAUCCUGGAGGUUUCGCUCCUAUUUAGAUCUGGUGGCAUAAGCGUAAGGAGAUGAUUAUAUUAAAGUAACGGAAGAAACCAGCCCCCCUUUAAAUGGAGAGUGAGAGACAACGAGGCAUAAUGGUACACAGGUAUUGGGAGAGAGAGAUAUAUAAUAUGAGAGGAAGAGAAAAAUAGUGGAAUAUAUACAUAUAUACACAUAUUCUAUAUUCUAGUAGAAAUCCUUGAAAAGAAAUGCGUCGUUACAGUGCACGGCGAUGAUUGUUUUCGGUUUCCAAAUCCUUCUCCUUGCAACCUGCAUUCCUUCCGUAAAGAAUAACAAAACAUCCAUCCUUUAGCAAAAUGACCUAUGAUUAUGAACAUAAGAAAAGAACUGGAAGCAGCAUCACUGUGCUACACAGAUAAUAAAAGUGGUCCUAAUUGUAAUCGCAAUUAUGCAGAAA